CAAAAAGGUCCAAAACAUCGCCUCUUAUGUCACAAUCAAUGAGACAACACUUUUUCAAAAGCCAUUCAUUCAGUCAUUGACUCAAAAUUGUAGUCAAAAAUCAUUUUUAUCUCAAUUUACUAAUCAUUUACUAAAUCAGUGGACAGUUAUGUCGCGCCCACCCUUCCUAUUCGGCGGUAAUACAGGCGCCCAAACCCGGAGCCAAUACCUGGUGGAGUUCAGAGCCGGCAAAAUGACCCAAAACGGCGCUACCGUGAGUCCCGUGAAGGGCCGCAAAGGACUGGUAUAUCUCCAUCAGUCGCCGGACGACUCGCUGAUGCACUUCUGCUGGAAAGACCGACAAACGGGACACGUGGAGGACGACUUAAUCAUAUUCCCAGACGAGGCUGAGUUCAAGCGCGUGACUCAAUGCACGACUGGCCGGGUGUUUGUCCUGAAGUUCAAGCCGUCGUCGCGGCGGCUGUUCUACUGGUCACAGGAGCCCAAGGAGGACAAGGAUGACGAGUGGGUCCAGAAGUUCAACGAAUACAUCAAUAACCCGCCAGCGCCGGGCUCGCGCUCGGGUACAGGCGCCGGAGGGGCUGGUAGUGGGGGGCUGUCGCCCACCUCAGCCUUAGCCGACUUGUCGUCCCUACCGGACAGCGACCUCCAGGGCCUGUUGAACAACAUGUCGCCCCAGCAGUUCAUGUCGGUGUUGGGCGGCGUGGGAGGCAUGGGAUCGGCCGCCAGUCUGGCCUCGCUGUUGGGCGCGGCUACCGGUGCUCGCAAUACGAGCAGUAGUAGUAGUGCGGGCGUGUCGCAGGUGUCGACCCCAGCGGCCCCGCAAACGCCGGCCACCACUCCGGCUGUGGUGAGUGCGGCCACCAGCGAGUCCUCGUUGACCACAACCGGCACGUCUCCGGCUACCGGCGCCGCUUCGGGCGCUGCCACCGGGACUGGUGGCACAGGUAGCGCCGGUGGACUGGCGGCGAGUUUGGCACCCGGUAUACAAUUAGCCGAUUUGCAGAGCAUUAUAAGCGGUCUGAAUGUCCCGAUCGGUGGUAAGGAUGGUGACGGACUCAAUGUGGACUUGUCGUCGAGUCUGACGCUGGAAGCGCUGCAACCGUUGCUGACGAACGAGGACUUCAUGCGUCGCGUGAGGGAGUCGUUGCCGACGGGUGAGGGCGAAGGGGACGACCACUCGACCACAUCCCUGGCCUUCGCCUCCACCGUACAGUCGCCGCAGUUUCAACAGGCGUUGAGCACAUUCUCGUCGGCCUUACAGUCCGGACAGUUGGGUCCACUCAUACAGCAGUUCGCGUUGGGACAGGAGUGCGUGGACGCCGCUAAUGCAGGGGAUAUGGAGAGUUUCGUGAAAGCCCUCCAAAAGCAACAGUCGAAAGGGGGGUCCAAAGGGGCGCCCACUGACAGAGGGGACACCAAAGGUGACGAUGAUAUGGCGCUGGACUGAACACGUGUACCACUUCCCUCCUGAAUUGGUCCAACCAUUUAAUCGAUACAUUUAAUUGAAUUUUUUAAUUUAAAAUAAGUUUUUUUUUAACAUUUGUCUCAAUUAUUAUUCAAAUUGAUGUAAAAUUUAUUACUAAAUCAACUCUAACUUUGGUGUUUAAAUUUAAUUGCUAUUAAAAUACGGUUUUAAAAACACUAAAAA